AUGUCAACAUUCGGCGUUCGCGAUGCGCCAUUCGGCCAGCUAUGUCGACUAGCUCUCGGUCCUAGGGUUUUCCGUUAUCCCGAUGAGCAAGAAGGAUUCGAGUAUCAACCGGCGGAAGAAACACCACCUGAAGCGCCUACGCCUGAAGAACACAGCGACUCGACAGAUACAAAUGCGGAUGUGGAAAAGGCCGCGCCAGUGCCGUCGCCAGGCCAGUCAAAGUCUGGUUACCAGACUGUAGGGUGGUAUAGCGACAGCGAUCCCGAAAACCCGCAGGUGUGGUCCCUGGCAAAGAAGACCAUUACUUUCACCCAGAUCUGCCUUCUCACCUUUGCAGUAUACUGUGGAUCUGCAAUCAUCACUCCAGCGCAGCCAGUAUUUGUUGAAGUGUUUGGUGUUGGUGCCCAAGAAUCGUCUUUGGCGCUCUCGAUGUAUGUUUUGGGAUAUGGAAUCGGGCCGUUAUUCUUCAGUCCUUUGUCCGAAGUCCCAGCAGUUGGGCGGAACAUUCCUUACUUUGUUUCAUUUUCGCUCUUUAUCAUUAUCACAGCUGUGGCUUCUCGAGUGUCGAACUUUGCAGGGCUUAUUGUGCUACGGUUUCUUCAAGGGCUCCUAGGCGGCCCUGUUCUGGCGACUGGAGGAGCCUCGGCUGCCGAUAUCCUUUCUUUCCCAAAGAUCCCUUACGGUCUCACUUUCUGGGGAUGUGCCACCUUGGCAGGGCCCGCGCUCGGGCCGCUUUUGUCAGGGUUCUCAGCGCCGUUGAGCUCCUGGAGGUGGUCUAUGUAUGAGCUGCUAAUUCUCUGUGGCUUCACAUGGAUUCUCCUCUUCUUCUUCCUGCCAGAAACCAACGCCGACUUUAUCCUUUUGAAACGGGCCAAGCGCCUGCGCAAAUCUACCGGAAAUCCGAAUCUUCGAUCGGACUCGGAAAUUAAGCAAGGAAACAUUCACUUCCUGUCCCUUCUGGGCGGUUAUCUGACUACGCCUUUCCUGGUCACGCUGAAGGAUCCGUCUGUGGCUUUUAUUAAUAUCUACACUGGUCUUAUCUACGGCAUUUUUUACUCUUACUUUGAAUCGUUCCCGAUUGUUUAUACCCAGAUUCACGGGUUCUCUACGGGCAUAAUGGGGACUAUCUUUCUCAGUGUGGUUGUUGCUUGCUUCUUCGGAGCUGGCUCCUACCUUGCGCUUGUCAAGUUCCACUAUGAACCUUACACCUAUAAAAACGGAAUUGGCUCUCCCGAGCAUCGACUUCUUCCAGGGGUUGUUGCGGCAUUGAUUGCACCGUGUGGAAUUCUUAUUUUCGCUUGGACCUCCCGGGACUGGAUCAAUUGGGUUGUACCCACGAUUGGCAUCGUUCUUUACAUGGCAUGUGUCUUUGUGGUAAGUGGAUUGACAGAGAUUAAAAGGUUUGAGGCACUAAAGUCUUCCUAG